GCCAUCAAGGCUCCAUUUGUGGCCGUAGGAAUGGAUGUUAGUAGCGCCAAACAAGAAGAAGCAUUGGCCAGUUGUAGAAGUUCGCUGACCGUAGUACUAAAUCAAUGUUUUAAUGUUUACCUUAAAGUUACCCGUAAGCGAAAUGCACAAAUUCAUGAAAUCUUUAAGGAUAAUAGACAACAAGGGAUGGCGAUGGCAAAAAACGGUUUAUUUAUUAUGAGGUAGUAAAUACAAACAAAAAAGCAUAUUCAAAAUAGGCGGUAAAUCAUCCAUCGCCAAAUCAGUAGAACGGUGCACACUGCUUUUGGUGGAAUUACCCUGCAGGAGCAUUCGAAGUUCUUUGCCUGCGUAUCAAUUUGUUUACAAAGCAGCGCUACGUUGUAAGGGUAAAGGAAAACAAAAAUACUACCAGCAAGUGUUUCGGGCAACUUUUUUGGUCGUUUUUCAUUAUCAAAUAUACGUACCCUGGUUGUUUUACAAAAUCCGAUGGCUUACAACACGAUCUUAAGAUGUGUGUGAUUUCGAUUUCUUAAGCGCUGGAAGAUCUUUCGUCGCGAUAGACGAAUUCAAAAAAAAAAGAGUGGAUUGCUGUGAUCGCGUUUUUAAUGCUGCUGCUAUUGCAGUUUUUGUAUUUUAAAACAACAAACAUACAGGCACAGACACACACACACACACACUACGCUUCCCAGCAGCAGCGGGUGGAUGGUACGACCCACACAACACUACUCGGACUCACGGUGAUCAACCUCUCGGCCCUUUAUUCGCGGCUGAGCACAGGGGGGGAAGAUGUGUGCGUUCCACAUUUGCAUAGCGAUGGCGCACAGCAUACUUAUUACUCCAUUCCGUUUCUCAAACCCUUUCCGUCCACUAAACCUCUCGAGGCCGCCGCAUAUGUUGCUGUGGUUCUGGUUCCUGUGCCGCAUCUGCCCUUUUUUGUUUUGUUUUAUGCAUCGCAAAUUAGCUCGAGAGCAUCCGGCAGAGAAAUGGCCGCAUCUGUGUGGUUGUGUGCGGUGCAGUAGGUAGGUAGCAGUCGUUUAGUUAGGGACGUUAGCGGGUGCAUUUGUUUUGUUGGUGGUAUGCACCGAUUGCACCGAAUGUCGCUGGCGCAGCUAAACGUGCUGCGAUGACGCUGUAUGUGUGCGUGCGCGUGUGCGUAUUGAGAAGCGCCCGCGCAUGAAGCGUUUUUCGUUACCCUUGCGGUGUCCAUGUAUUCUCCGCUCUCGUGUGUGCGGCGCUCAUCUCUCGACUCGCAUUAGAUGCGCGCAGCACCAUGUGAUUGUUAGUUCGCUGGGGAAUGUUCUUACGAAAGGAAUGCCACAGAAAGGAUACUACCAUCAGAGAUCGGCCUCGGUGUCGUCGGGUUCAUCGAGCUUAGCAACCAUUGGAGUAGGUAGCGCUGCUACUGCUGGUAGUGUAGCAGUAGGAGGUGUAGCAGGUGGUGGAAUAGUAGGUGGAAGUGGAGGAUCAACGGUAGCAGCAACAGCAGCAGUAGGCAAUUCCAAUAUGGUUUCGUUCAUGCAGUCGCGAGGAUACGGAUCUCAAAGUGGGAAUAGCAUCAACAACUACCACGGUGUGUUCGACAGCAGUGCGGCGGAAACUGGCACCCCGCCCCUGCUCGAUCUCUCCGAAUUUCCCUCGCUCACGAACGCACGCGGUGGCCAGAACGAUCAAUCCCUGCCGCAGUCGAACGCGCUGCAACCGCCGGGCAGUAAACCGUACGUUGGCAUGGUAAAACAACCGACGUCCGAACAGAUUGCGUUUACGAUGUCGAACGAAGACUUUCCAGCGCUGCCCGGCACGCAGAACGCCGAAGGAAGCCAGAUGGGUGCGGCCAGCCAGGGCCUGCAGGGCGUGCACCACCAUCACCAUCCGGACCAUCACGGCGGCACGGACAGUUUGGGGGGCAAGGGUGCCGGCGGCAGCGGACAGGUGGGCAGUGCGGCAGGCAUGGGCAUGGACCUGCAGAGUGAUUCCGGCAAUUCCAACGUUAACAUGGACAAAGGAGCAAUGAAGCGAGGCGUACAAACAUCACCCAAUGGAACGGUAACGAACAUCCCUGCCAGUAUGGUGAACAACCAGUUCGGUAUGGUGGGCCUACUAACGUUCCUCCGGGCGGCGGAAACGGAUCCCAAUCUGGUGACGCUAGCGAUGGGGCAGGAUUUGAUGGCGCUGGGUUUGAAUCUGACCGCAGUGGAAAACCUGUACCCGUGCUUUGGCGGCCCCUUCGCUGAUGCGCCCGCGAGGCCUCAGGAUAUCGAGUACCACGUACCACCAGAGUAUUUGAUCAACAUGUCAAUAAGGGACAAGCUGUCGAAGCUAACGCUGCAGAAGUAUAAGGAUGAUCUAUUAUUUUAUUUAUUUUACACGAACGUGGGUGAUAUGAUGCAAUUAGCAGCGGCUGCCGAACUGCACAGUAGAGAUUGGCGAUAUCAUACGGAGGAGAAGGUGUGGAUAACCCGUGUGCCCGGCAUGACACCGUACGAGAAGAAUGGCACAACCGAACGUGGCACGUACUACUACUUCGAUGCGCAAACUUGGCGGCGAGUGCCAAAAGAAUUUCAAGUGGAUACAAUGAAGUUAGAUAAAUGUCCAAACAUAAGUGCUUACGUUACGAUGAGUGGACAGCCUGUAUAAUAUUUAUUAAUUUGUAAUUAAACCAGAAAAUCACGGUCAGAAA